UUUCUUUAUUGUUUCUGUUGUAUUUUUUAAAUUAAUUUUAUUUUAAAUUGUGUUUAGUAAUUUUAAUUUUGUUUUUAAUUUCUUUACCAUAUUUAAUUUUACAAUGUGUACACUAUAUUACCAAUUAUUUUUUAAUCUUCCAAAAAUACAAUGACUCCUAAAUCAGUUUCCUUUAAGUCUGUUUGGGACAAGAUCUCUUGUAAAAACGACACCAGCCUUGACCCAUUAGACGUAUCCCUAUCUCAUGUUCCUAUAGUUAACACUUCACCAGUAAUUCACGACGUUAGUUCUCCUAUUUUAAAUCCGAAAAGGUUUUUGAUUGACAGACCUUUAAAAAUCUCAUCAGAAUUUGUCGUUUCAGAGUUUGAUACUGAGAUUAAGGAAUUUUGCACAGAUAACAUAGAUGAGUUGAUUACACCCGGACCAUAUGAUAGAAGAUCUAGGGAUUCCAACGAUUCCGGAGUAUCCACCGUCGUCUUUAGUGAUAAAAUAAAACUUAACCAGUCUGACUCGAGGAGCUCUGAAUAUAGCCCGAAUCCUCUAUCAAACCCAGAGCGCUCAGACUCGAUAAAUACGACUUUUGAAGAAGUUAAUUGUCCAGAGAAUUAUGGCUAUUCCGAUUCAAAUCCUGAUCACAUCUAUCACACACCAGUCCAGAAGUACAGAAACGCAAACAAGUCUUAUGAGAAUUUCACUAUUAGCUCUAACUUAUCUGAAAGUGAUAAGAUAUUCGGAGAAAUUAAGUCAGAUGACUCGUUCUUCUAUAAACUCCUCGAUAAAUCUUGGCCCCUUUCAUCCGGCAAAGGUUCUUUCGAUCUUGAAAACCCAGAGGUUUCUGACGAUCUUAUCGUAAAUGAGCAGAAUGAGCCUCCAAUACAGUUGGAUUUAGACACUCCAAAGGAGAUUGAGAUUAAAGAUUCUGGGGAACUAAGUCAGGAUGACAACGUUAUAAAGAUUUUGGUAUUUACUGAUACACACUUGGGAUUUAAGGAAGACGACUCUUUCAGGGGUAACGACUCUCUAAACACUUUUGAAGAGCUUCUCUUCAUUGCAAAACACUUGGAAGUUGACCUUAUUCUACAUUCCGGAGAUUUCUUCGAUAAAAACAUGCCAAGCAGAACCACAAUGUAUCGCACCAUGGAUUUGUUGUCGAAAUAUUUAUUAAGUAGUAUGAGUAAGUUAAAAGUUAAUACGUCGGGAGUUGAAAGUGCAAAGCUGAUUAGCUUUGAGAAGGGUGUUGCAAAUAACCCUUUGGGUGAUUUGUCAUAUUUCAGUAAUGUUUCCAAGGAAUAUUUAACACCUUUUUUCGUAAUACACGGAAAUCACGAUAAUCCGACAUAUCAACACUCAUUGUCACCAAUUGACAUCUUAGACGUUGCUGGAUUGGUAACGUAUUUCGGACGGGGUUUUGACCUGGAUAAUGUUUUAAUAAGGCCUAUAAAAAUCUCUAAGGGGGAUGUUAAGAUCGCCCUUUAUGGGAUAGGAUGGAUAAAGGAUGAACGGUUGGUGGAGAUGUUCAACAACAACAAAAUUAAAUUCGAGCAAUGUGAAGACUUUGACAAAUACUACAAGAUACUAUUGUUACACCAGAACAGGUACCCUCGGAGAGGAGUCAAUGACCACGAUUACAUAACCACGAGUAUGAUCCCGGAGUGGUUUGACCUUGUAAUCUGGGGCCAUGAACACGAGAGUAUUAAGUUUCCUCAGAAAAGCUCUUUUGAAAACUUUCAAAUACUACAACUAGGAUCUACAAUUCAAACAUGCCUAGUACCAGCAGAAUUGCCACCAAAGCACACAUGCCUCAUACAUGUUUCGUCAGAAAGCGUUAAUUUCUACCCAAUUUCACUCAAAACCACCAGGAAAUUCAUCUCAGACGAACUUCCCAAUCUCAACAAGGACGAGCUCUCUCAUAUGGACCAUGAAAGUUUACAUGAGUACUUGAAGAAGGCUGUUGAGAAGGUACUGGAGAACUCGGAGGCCAAUUUCACAACGGAGUUGAACUCGUUAUCAUUGAGUGAGGAGUUGGAUCUUCCAUACAUAUCAAAGAUAAAGGCACUCAUAAAUAAGGCGUCAUGUCCACUGGUCAGGAUAAAGGUUGAUCCGUCUGUUUUCGAGAUGAUUAACCCGAAGUUGUUUGGCAGUUCAUUUAUAGGGAAAGUGGCAAACCCAAAUGAUAUAUUAAAGAUGAAGAAAGUAGAGGUUGAAGAGGGUUCAAAGAUGAAGUCAGAUAACAUUAAAAAGAAUAUGAAACAGCAAGUGUUAUCCUCAAUUGGGGAUAAUUGCCAAUUGUCACUCUUACUUGAGAGUGAAUUGAGUGAGGCUGUUGGCAGAUUUGCAAACGCCAUGGAAUCACAAACUAUAUUGGAAUAUGUAAGAAGAAGAGUUGCUUUGAUUCAGGAAUAUCUAAAGACUAGAAUGAAAGAAACAGUUUCAGACCAGCUCUCAGAGGAUGUUUAUUCAGAUUUAAUAGAUAAAUUCUUACAAGAUAAAACGAGGGCCGAUAGACUUGAAGCUGGAACAAAAAGAGAUCUAAAUGGGUCAGGUGUAAAGAACUAUGAAUCAUACCUAAACCAUAUAAUGGAAGAAUAUAAUAAACCACCUCAAGAAAUGGCAAAUGGAAGUGAUGAAACGGCUGAAAAUGAGAAAGAAACAAACUGUAAAAAGAGAACAAAUCAGAGAAAUUCAAAAUGUGUAAAGUUGACAUGGUAUUUAAACCAAAAUGGAGAUAAAAAAUAA